CUUGUUUAAAGUUUCUUGACUUAAUAUUGGACAUUUAACUGUUGAAUAAGAAAUAAGUUUCUACUCAAGAUAUCGUGACUCAUUACUUGCUAAAAAUGGAAGCAUUGGAUAUUUUAGAGAAAAGAAUAGAUGCUUUGAAUAAUAUCCUUGGUACCAAUGAGGGCGAAUCAAGUGAUAUGAGAGAAAAUCUAACCGACUCGCUAAUGUCAGCAAAUACUUUGAUAACAUCAGCAACGAGUGGACGAGAAAAAGUAUCGGAAAUGAUGAAAAGAACAAAUGAAUUGGAAACUUAUUUAGAUCCAGAAUUCCUUAACGAUCAGCAAAACUUGAAGACAAAAGAAGUAUAUAUCAAUACAGUUGCUAAUGAUCUCGCAACAAGUUUCGAAUCACUGCAAAAAAUUAAAUCUCUGGAGCCAACACUUGGGGCUGAAUACUUCAGAAACAUUCCUGAUGUCACUGAAAAAAUAAAAGAAAUGAAUGAGAACCUUUCUACAUGUCAACAACAGAAUGAUAUAAUAGAGGAGAGUUUAAUGAUUGCGAUGCAAAGAUACAGCGAGAUUCAAAGUGAUUUACGUGACAAACUUCAGAAGAUGAACGAGCGAUUGGAUAACUUUCAAGAUCGUGUUGAACAAGCUAAGAAAAAAGCGAGCAACGAAUAAAAUUAAGUUGUCGCUGAUCAAUAUCGUUUAUCAAUUUAUCAUAUUAUGAAUUUUGAAUAAACUCUUAAAAUGUUCAUUAUUUAAUAAAGUACUAAAAUAAGAUUUUCUUAUAAGAGAGGAAUUUCGAAGAAAGAGAUGGAAGAUUUUUGUUUACAUUCGAAAAUAAUUUUAUUGCAGAUUGACUCACA